GAGAAGCCUGCUUCAUUUCAGCGAGAAAUUAGGGGAAUGAUGAAAAAGAAGGCUGGGAGGGGCUUUUCUUAAAGGAGGAACAAAAAAUUCAAAAGGAAAUAUACCUCAUUUUAGGUAUACAUACUGCACAGGCUUCUUCAAGACCUUAUAUUCUUCUUUAAUGGCUGCCUUUGUAGCUGUAGUAAUCUACUUGGUUCUUCUGCAAACACCCAAUCUCUUUGCGGCUAAGGAUGAAGAGUGGAAAUCUGCUACUGCAACAUACUCCAAAGAAACAGAUGGGUCCAUUGUUACAGAAGGUGCAUGUGGAUAUGGAGAUCUGCAUAAAAUUAGCUAUGGAAAAUAUAGCGCAGGAUUGAGUAGCAUGUUGUUUAAUAGAGGGAGUACCUGUGGAGCUUGCUAUGAGCUUAGAUGUGUUGACCACAUCUUGUGGUGCUUGCAAGGAAGCCCGACCGUCGUUCUAACAGCCACCGACUUCUGUCCUCCAAAUUACGGCCUAUCUUCCGAUUAUGGUGGUUGGUGUAAUUUUCCUAAAGAACAUUUUGAGAUGUCAGAGGCAGCAUUUGCUGAAAUAUCAGAGAAAAAAGCAGAUAUUGUGCCAGUUCAAUAUAGGAGGACGAGGUGUGAUCGAAGCGGUGGAUUGAGGUUCACGGUUAGUGGAAAUUCUCGUUUCUUUCAAGUUCUGAUUACUAAUGUUGGGAUGGAUGGUGAAUUAGUGGCAGUGAAGGUAAAAGGAUCAAGAACAGGAUGGAUACCACUUGCAAGGAACUGGGGACAGAACUGGCAAAGCAAUGUCAAUCUUCAUGGGCAACCUCUCUCGUUCGAAGUUACCUCUAGCAGUGGAAGAACACUUACUUCCUACAGCGUUGCACCUGCAAACUGGCAGUUUGGGCAGACAUUUGAAGGAAAACAAUUUUGAAAUUGUUAUGUAAUUAAGGAAUCUAAAUCGAAACUAGAAACUUGAACAUAAGGAUACCGGCAUGUUAAACCUCGAGAUUAUCAUAUCAGAGU